AUGGCCAUUUCACAUCUCCAAGAGCCUGAAUUUCUAGACCUCAACCUUGAGGUCGGAUUAGCAACCCCUGUUGGAGGAGAGGCCACAAGUAUUCGACGGCCUAUAAUUGCAGACGCUGGUAGGGCUCAGAGUACCUUUGAUGUUCUAAACACUUCCUUGUCGAACCCGGGCAAUGAUAUUCUUCGUCGUACGGAGAAUACUUGGCAAUCGACCCAGACAAUCCCCACCAUCAAGCGUUCCGCAUCAGAGGACCUAUUGCCAAGAUCUUCCAACCCAAGCGAACUCCUCUCUUCGAGUCACGAUGCUCCAUUCAGUCUCAACGGCUCUACGACUCCUCCCGCCCUAUCGAGCGUGCCAAAAGCUGCUCUCACGGAACGGUCGACUAGUCCUCCGCCUGUCACGACGCAUGAAGCUGUCGUUCGAGCUCAGGCGUUGUCGGAUAAGCUUUUCGACUCCAAUAUACCUUCCCGUGUCACAGAAAGUGGAGAUCUCAUGCUUGACAUGACAGGCUACAAGAGCAAGGAAGAAGACGCCCUGCGCGCCGAAAUUAUAGCGCGAAAGAUUCUUGCGCAAGAGCUUGAAGGAAACUACGACAUUGGUGCCCUUAUAGAUUCAGACGAACAAGGAAACCUCUGGAUCUACAGUAGCGAAGAAGCCAAGGAAGUAGCUACCCGCAAGACUGGUAUGCGUGGCCUUGCAGCAGCGCCAGCAAUAAGUGAUGCUGCCUCAGAUCCUGGCUACCACAGUGACGACGACGCAAUACCGUCUGGAUCUUCAACUGUGAACUCUCAUCAGCGUACGCAGUCAGAUACCGGUCCAAGGACUGCCAUCUCCCCACCGGAGACACCGCCCAUAGGGGCUGCAAAUGGUGAACCCAAUCGAAACUAUGCCAAAACCCUGCGUUUGACAAGCGACCAGUUGAAAGCUUUGCAACUCAAGCCUGGUGCGAAUUCCAUUAGCUUCAGUGUAAACCGGGCCACCUGCCAAGCACAUAUGUAUUACUGGAAAUAUGAUGUCCCAAUAGUCAUCUCCGACAUUGACGGAACCAUUACCAAAUCCGACGCCUUGGGCCACGUACUUAACAUGAUAGGGCGUGACUGGACACAUCUUGGUGUUGCGAAACUCUACACAGAUAUCGUCGCCAAUGGAUAUCACGUUCUUUACUUAACAAGUAGGUCAGUAGGCCAAGCUGAUACAACACGUGCCUAUCUAAAUGGAGUCAUUCAAGAGGGAUUCAACCUGCCCAAAGGGCCUGUAAUAAUGAGCCCCGACCGGACUAUGGCAGCACUGCGGCGUGAGAUCUAUUUGCGGAAACCGGAGGUUUUCAAAAUGGCAUGCUUGAGAGACAUACGAAAUUUGUUCGUACAGAACCACAGUCCAUUCUAUGCUGGGUUCGGCAAUCGGUUGACCGAUGCUCUAAGUUAUCGAUCUGUUAACAUUCCUUCGACUCGUAUAUUUACUAUCAAUUCGAAUGCCGAGGUUUCGCUUGAUCUGCUAACCUUGAAUAAGUACAAAAGCAGUUAUGUAACAAUGCGAGAGGUUGUGGACCACUUUUUCCCACCGGUCGGUUUGUUGGUCACAGGAGGUGGCGACGAGUUUACGGAUUUCAACUAUUGGAGGGAGUCUCCGAAGGAGCUUGAGGAUUUCCCAGAUAGUGACAGUGAGGUCUUCUUGCCGCAGGCUCAGGAGAAAGAGAGCAUAAGGAGCGAAGAUGAACGUAGUGAAGAUUACGACGAAGAUCAAAUGGAAGAGCUGGGUCGAAGUUAUCUCUCAAACGAUAACAUCCUGCAGCUAGAGGACGACGGAUCCGUUGUUGAAAGCAUGCAGGAAAGCUUGAUACUUCACAAGCAAGUCACGGAGGAUGACCUCCGCAAGACGGCCGGACAUGCACAGGAUAUAGCGGAGUAA